CGACCACCGCCUGCUGCGCAUCACCGCCGGCUACGGCAAGCGAGGAGGGUGUGCUCCCUUGAAAUCUUUCCGGGUUGCCGUGCCUCAGUGUCAACACUCGAGCAGAGGCCGAGCGCUGCCGCGGAGCGACGACCAUGUCGGAGCCGGAGUCUCUGAGGUGCUCCAGCGCCAGGAACCGUGGAGGCGUCCAGAGGGUGGAGGGGAAACUGCGAGCCAGCGUAGAGAAGGGGGAUUACUACGAAGCACACCAGAUGUACAGGACUUUAUUUUUUAGGUACAUGUCACAGGUAAAACAUGCUGAGGCCAGGGAGUUGAUGUACAAUGGUGCUCUACUGUUCUUCAGCUAUAACCAGCAAAACAGUGCAGCAGAUUUGUCCAUGCUGGUGCUGGAAGUGUUGGAGAAAUCUGAGACAAAAGUCGAGGAUGAAAUAUUAGAAAGCCUGGCUAAGCUAUUCAGCCGGAUGGACCAGAACUCUCCGGAGAGAGUAGCAUUUGUGUCCAGAGCCUUGAAAUGGUCUACAGGAGGCUCCGGCAAGUUGGGUCACCCAAAACUACACCAGUUGCUAGCUGUCACCUUAUGGAAAGAGCAAAACUACAGUGAGUCUCGUUACCACUUCCUGCAUUCCUCUGACGGCGAGGGCUGCGCACAGAUGCUGGUGGAGUAUUCGUCGUCACGAGGCUUCCGCAGCGAGGUCGACAUGUUUGUAGUGCAGGCCGUCCUACAGUUCCUCUGCUUAAAGAACAAAAACAGUGCUUCUGUGGUGUUCAGCACAUACACAGAGAAACACCCGUCCAUAGAGAGGGGCCCUCCCUUCGUCCAGCCUCUACUAAACUUUAUUUGGUUUCUGCUGCUGGCAGUGGAUGGGGGUAAAUUAACAGUUUUCACAGUGUUAUGUGAACAAUAUCAACCUUCCCUGAAGAGGGACCCCAUGUACAAUGAGUAUCUCGACAGAAUAGGACAGCUUUUCUUUGGGGUUCCACCCAAACAGUCUCCAUCAUACGGUGGGCUGCUAGGAAACCUGCUGAACAGCCUGAUGGGGUCGGGCGAGGACGAUGACGGGGCUGAAGAAGCCCAGGAAGACAGCAGCCCCAUAGAACUGGACUGAGCCUGCAGCCCGGGAGAAGAACAAGUAAACACAAAGAAGAGGAAGACCCCCCCCCCCCCCAUCGAUCGACUCCCUUCGUCACCUCGACAACAGGGAUGGGGCGGGGCUUGGGUCCGUGUUUUCAGAGGCGUGCUGUUUCCAGGAAACCCACCCUCCCCCCCAUCCAACCUAUCCAGUCCAAAAUCAAGAAUUAGAAUCAGGUCACCAAAACAUCUCCCUCAGCACUGCCUGGACCGACUGCGCCAAACUGCAAACUCUUCCCAAGUUGUUCAGAUUGUAUUAUUUUAUUUUAAUAAUUAUUUUGUUAGUCUGGGACUUUUGUUCUGCGUUUAGGGUUAAUGAUUUUUAGCCAACACAUAACUCGUUGUUUGCUCCCUGUGAAAACCAGAGGAGAGGACAGCGUCCAGAGUGAAAGCUUUCACCACAAUGUGCGAUUAGAUCAUUACCAGAUGGUUUAAUCAACUAACUACAAAUAUACAACUGUUUUGUUUGUUCGAUCAGAGCCAUGGUGUUAACUUAAUUUACUCAAAUUUAAUAAAUUGUUGCUGUAGUCAAGGCUGCUCAGUUUCUCGGCUUUAUGAACAAAAAAAAAACCAGCGCUCUGUGUAAAGUCAUCUUGCACCUUGAAUGUCAACCAAACAAACCUUUUCUGCUCAGUAUCUUUAUGGGUCAUAUUUUAUUCAACUAUAAACAGAGCUGUCUGUGUACAAGUAGCUCCAGGUCUCACUUUUUUUGUAUGUGCACUCGCUGAGCUGCUGCAGAGCUCAUCCGCACUGCGUCCGAGAGAAUCAGUGUCAGAAUAUCCAGUUUUGGCCUCGUUACAGUCAGUAGAUGUCUUGUUUAAAAAAAAAUCCUGGCAGCGAGGUGCGUGAAGCAGUUGGUGAUCUUGAGGUGAGAGGAGAAAAAUGAGACACCGAAAAUCCGUUAAGAGUGAAUUUUGCUUUGCGUGUUUAUAAGAAGCUGAUAUUUAAAUCUUCUGCGUACCUAUCUGUUUCUGGCUUUUGUUUCAGUUCUCCCUUUCAAGAAAAUAUUUUCGAACAGUUCCUUUCGGAGGUGUCUCGACGGUCUGUCUUCAGUUCAGCUCAUGCACGACACAAUAGCUGCUGUUUAUCAGUGUUAACUUCAUCGACCCUCAGAGAGCUCACACUACACUGCUUGUUCCCCUCGAUGGCUGUCUUUGCCCACAUCAUUCAAAGUUGGCUUUGUUUUUCCUCGUAGUGACAUUUGAUCAGCCCAGGUCUGGUCAGUUCGCUAUUUUUAGGAAUUAAAAAAAAGAACCUUAACUGUGCUCCAGAUAAUCGAGAGCGGUCAAACCCCCCUGUGAAGUCAAAAUCUUUAUUAAAAACUCGGAAUGUCAACAGGU